UCUGCCAUUGAAUCUGAUUUUAGGCAUUACUCAUGGGUGAUAUGAUCGGUAAAGACUAUAGUUUUAGAUUCAGAUGUUGUCCCGGAGGUUAACAAAAUCAUUAUUAUUUUAAUAAUAAUAUAAUUAUUUUAGCUGAAUGUUUGUUUUGUUAUAACAUGUUAUUUUCCCCCGGUGAAUGAUUGGCCCUCUGGAGACUUUUAUUAUGAAAGUGAUAUUGCUGAUACGUUUAUUGUGAAGUGCGGUUCAAGCAGAAGAAGAAGAAGAAGAAGAUGGAUGGGUUCCCAGAGUCUCAGAGUACCGGAGCUCUUACCGUGUUUUCUGGAGAAAAUGCGAGGAAAACAAAAAGGAGAAAAGGCAAAAGUCAGAGCAAGAGCAAAGAGCGACCUCCCAAAGUGCUGUUAGUUUUUAGUUAUCUCAAAAGCCAAUUGGUUGCGCUCUAUAUGAGAGAUUUCUCUUCGGUCGAGCAGGGCGUGCAGAGACUGCAUUUUAUCAUCAGGACAUUCGAAGAAGAUUUCAGACGUGCUUCUGGAGCCAUCACGAACGCCUCGGUUGUGGAAGUGGCCGGAGGAUUGAUGGUGGGCUUGGGGUUACUUUUAGCUCCGGCGCAUCGGGGAGCUUCUGCUCUUAUCACGGGGGCCGGAGUAGCUGGGCUUUCAGGCGCUGCGAUCGCUGAUAAAGUCUGGAACAAGAAGAUCAUGGGCCUGCAGGACAAAUUAAUACGAGACGCUGAUGCUGCAGUGAAGGAAAUCCAGAAUAAAAUCAGCCCUAUGAUGGACGCGAUGAGAGAGAUCAGCAGGCAGGUUCACGAAAUACUGACAGACCUCAGUUACCCAGAGCGUGACGUCGGGUAUUUAAAUAAAUACUUCUCAUCUGCCGGUGAAUUAGUGCGCUUCUUACAGAUUUAUGACAUUAGUGUGCUGGCCGGGCAGAUAACGUCUCAAACAUGUCUGAUUGGAAACCGUUUCAUCGGAGCUCUGCCCAUUAGAACGGCUCUCGAAAUGAUGUGGAUAGAAAUAUUUCAGUUACAGAAUGCCAUGGAAGAAAUCACGAAAACGAUAGAUAGAAUAGCAGAUCAGCCUGAUUAAUGCAUUCACGUGUAAUAUCACAAACACCGCUUUUACUCUAUGUUAUAGGCAGACGGAUUCGUGUUUUGCGUCUCCAAAGAAGACUUGCGUUUUUAUUUGUGCACUCUAAUACAAGUGUCAAGUGAAUUACAUUGUUAUCGAUCUUUGUUUAAAAUAGCCCCGCUUGUUGAGAUACGUUUUAGCAGAAAAAGCCAUUUUCCGCGCUAAUGCUAGCAGUGGUGAAAAUAAACAAAGCAAAAAACAGGAAGCGUAUUUUAUUUAGCGAUCUUGAAGUCUGCCAAAUGCACGCCUUCGAUAAACUCAUUUUCAGUCUGAACAGCUUCUUAAGUAUGUUUUGUGCCGUUGCUGUCAUUUCCUUGUCUUGUACAAGAAUAGUUACUUUGAAAAGUGUACACUGAGGCCAUCUAUUGUCGAAAAAACACACUGAAACGCAGAAUGAGCGACCUUUUAAUGUUACUGCUGAUGCCAACGGUGUUGCAUUGAAAAAUAACUAAAGGAUCUUCAGCAGUUUCUGGAUGAGAAUAAAUAAAGAAAUGUUUUGUCUGAGGCAUGAAAAAUAAUUAAAUGUCCUAAUUGAGCUGUGGCCUAUUCCUGGUUUUCUGUCUAUGAAACCAAAAAUCAUUAUAUUUAAGGGGAAAAAACCGGGAUCGAAGGUCUUCUAUCAGGUGACCUCACAGAAAUCAUGUGCCAGGUGUAUUUAAAUCCAUGCGCUAACUCAAAUGACAUAAAUUACACUAAUAAUUAUAAAUGUAUCGAUCUGCUUUGUUUGCCACGGGACACAAAAGGCAGUUUUUUCCAAAAUGCUGUGACUGACAACAGAAUAAAAUACACUCUAACUUGAAACUUAGAUCGGGAUAGUAAUAAACGUAUUACUAAUUACUAAUUAACUAUAAUAUUUUCAGGAAUUAACUAUUUAUUCUGCAUCUGCAACGCAUCAUCCAUUAGUGAGGCUCUGAUUAUCAUCUAUUCACGGAGGUCCUUUAUAAAUCCCUUAACUUUCAUUUGGCUCUUGGUGAGCUUCAUCUUUGGACCAUAUAAGUGAAAGGAAGCUGUUCUGAAGGAGUGUAAUGUCUCUGAAAAUAAACCUUUGAUCCUUUGCAAGUUUUUAUUCUGUAUAUGGAUAUAUAUAGGUGAGCGUGCUUUAAUAUUUAGUUGAGAUUGUAAGAGUCUCAAAAGAAGCCCUUAUGAAAAAAUAAAAGAAGAGAAGUCUGAUCAACGUAAAUACACAUUCACUCGUCCAAAUCACAGCUGUACUUAUAAAAAAAGUUAUAAAAGUUUUAGAAAAGCGAUUUAUUUUAUACCAGUGUUUUUACCUGGAAGAUAAAAUAAAACUAGUUUUGCAGUGCACCAUAAACAAAACUUUUAUCUGCACAGCAAUACAAUCCUUUUAAAAGUUGGAUCAAAGAUGUAGUCAUGAGAUCUCUGUAAUCUUAUCUGUAAGAUAAUUCUCAAGACUCAUGAGCACACUUUGGCUGAGUUCAAAGGUUGUUUUCAUUGAAUGUUAAAAUGUUUCCUUAAUGUGUGUGACAUGAUUGAAUGAUGAAUGGGAUUAUUGAUUUAGACCCUUCUAAUGCCAUAAUUUCUAAUAUAUUUCCAAAACUUCAUCAAGUAAACCAAAACAAGUAGGCUUUGGUCGUUGGUGGCUGAAAAUAUCUCCACCUUUCUGGAUUACCUCAUGUUCUGGGAGCGCUCUCUCUGAGGAGGUAAGAAAACUAAGAGUAGGUGAAGAUCUUCUGUGAGGUGGACACAUUCAAACCAGAUUGCACUAUGAGUUUCGGACAACCAAGUCUUUCACCAUCCAGAUCAACCCUUAUUGAUCGAGGUCCUCCAAAACGAUUCCGUCUAGACACAGAGAGAAAAGUCCUUGAUGAAAAUGAGAAAGUCAGAAAAUGGACUUAUGGGUUAAAAGAUGCCAGUAAACGAAACCAAAUUGUUCUGCUGGUGGGAGAGACGGGCGCUGGUAAGACGACUCUCAUCAACACCAUGGUCAACUAUUUACUGGGCGUGAGGUUUGAGGAUGAAAUAUGGUAUGAAAUCACAGAGGAAGAAGCAAAGGACCAGUCAGAAUCACAAACCUCUGAAAUCACCAUGUAUGAGGUCUUUCCUGUAAAGAGUCCCAUGUCUCUCACCAUCUUGAUAGAUACUCCAGGCUACGGAGACACUAGAGGACUGGACAAAGACCUGGAAGUCGCUGAGAAUUUAUCUGCACUGUUUCAGAGCAAUGACGGAGUUCGUGAAGUCGACGCUGUGUGUUUCGUGAUUCAAGCAUCUAAGAAUCGUCUCUCAGACCGACAGCAUUAUAUUAUCAGUUCAAUUCUGUCUUUGUUUGGAAAAGACAUUGUGGACAACAUUGUGUUUUUAAUCACACACUCUGAUGGUCUUCCACCCAAAAAUGUCCUUGGUGCCAUUAAAAAAGCUAAAAUCCCCUGCAGACGAGACAAAAGUGGCGAUCCUGUUCAUUUCUUGUUCAACAACAGACAGGCUGAAGAACGUCACACCAGAGAACGUCAUGUUCGAGCUCAAAGAGUUGCCUGGGAAGACAGUGUGGAAGAGAUGAAGAAUUUACUUCAGUCUCUGGACCAAAAAGACAGAAGGAGUUUGGAGUUGACUUCAGACGUCCUGAUCGAGCGCGUUCGAUUUGAAGCAUCCAUCAGCAACUUACAGCUGCGAGUUCAAGAGAAAGAGUCAAAGAAGCUUAAAAAAGUUCAGAUCCAAGAGGCAAUGAGACAAAACAAAGAAAAGAUUGAUACAUGUACAAACUUUACCAUUAAAGUCAAAGAGACAGUGAAGAUGAAGGUGCCCAUUGAGAGUGAAUCAUGGAAGCACAGGAAGGCGACGACCUGCACCGUCUGUGAGGAAAACUGUCAUGAGUUUGACUGCUGGUGGGUUUCUAAUCCCAGCCAAUGUGAAGUUAUGAAAAAUGGCUACUGUACCGUGUGCACGGGAAGGUGUCACCACAGCAAACACCUCAAAGAAAACAAGAAAUACGUCAUCAGAAACUCCAGCAUGAUAUUUGAGUUUGCAGAAUUUAGAAAGGAAUAUUAUAAAGUUCAAGAGGAGUCGAAGAGGUUUUCGGUUAUAAUGGAUGACCUUGACCAUGAACUGGAGGCGCUUGAGGAACAAAAGUCAAAUCUUCUGUUUACUGCCUAUGACAACAUCAAGAAUCUGUCCAAGAUCGCAUUAAAACCAAACUCUGCCUUCACUCUUCAGCACCUGGACUUCUUCAUCCCCAGAGUGAGAGAAGCUGGGAAAGGAAACUGGGUCCAAGAGCUUGAAGAAAUGAAGAAAAACGCUGAAACUGAAGAAGCAAAUAAAGACGCUUUGAGUUAUCUUAAAGCUGGUCUGUCAAACUGGAACCUUUCUUCGGUGGGCACUGAAUGAAUACAAAUGGAAUUGUUUAAUGCAAUUGAAGACGACUGCUUACUGACUUGCUUAUCUCAAAUUACUUUUCACUAACAAAGCAAGCUUGGUAAUAUCUCCAAUCAUUAUCAUCAUUAAUUGUGGCUAAUGUACAUAAGUAGCCACAAACAAAGAUUUAUUCAUUAUGUUAAUUUUGAUUAAAUACUUUAGUUGAUAUCCAUUAACUCUUUUGCUUUUAUUUUGUUAUUUCACACUGUUUGUUGUACAACAUAAGUAAAAUAUCUAUGACCAAGUUAGCCAAACUUCUUCUAGCACUUUGUUUUAAAAGUACCACUGAAGUACCACACACUAGCUGCUACUACAAUCAA